UGAUGCUAUUACACGUACCGAAAAGCCAAAAAAACCUAAGCAAGCAGUAAAGAAGGCACUAUUCGUCUUCUCUCAGCCUCCAUCGCCGCAGCGUAAUGGCGGCCUCCCCCGUGCUACCCCGAUCUAGGGUUUUAGCCCGCGCCAUCUCCGCCUCCCUCCGCCGCGGCCUCUCCGGCGCUUCUCCUUCCACUCCCCUCCUCGCCGCCCCCUCCUUGCGCCGCGCCUCCUCCCUCCACAGGUUACCCUCGGUGUGCGGGGGGUUGUUGUCUGUGAUGCCGCUGCACAGCGCCGUCGCGUCGGCGCGGCUCCGGUCGGCCAUCUCGCCCGAGUCACAGAGCUGGGGCGUCGUUCCUCAAGGGAAUUCUAUGCCUUUAUGACAACAUACUUUUGAUGGCUAUCGUAACUGAGCUUGGUUCAGAAGCUUUUGGAACUCUUGAUGCAUUUUUGGCACAAACCAUAUUAGAGCUUACAAGAAGCCAUAAACUGUUUAGCCAUUAAAUGACAUGACUUUUUUGGGUGCUACUAUCUUCAGUUUCACAUGCCCAUGAUACUGGUUAUGUUGCUGAUGCUCAUUUUUUUAUAUGUGCAUUUUGAUUAAUGUGAUUCUGAAGACACAGGUUUUGAUGAGCAUCCUUGAUCAAAUGUGAGAA